AUGAGGACCAGCCGUCGAAACAUUGUGCAGGAGGGAACGCAGCUCAGCUUUCAAAGGAUCCUGAAGAAUGCCGUCAGCAAUGGCCAAUGCGGCACAGCGCUGCAUUACGCAGCCGAGCGCGGCCACGUCGCGGCGGUGAAGGCGUUGCUGGCGGCCGGAGCCGCAGUGAACGCAGUAAUGAAUAGUGGUGACACGCCGCUGCACAAAGCGGCGAGCGGGGACCACUUGGAGGUCGCCCGGGCGCUGGUGGCGCACGGGGCGUCGCCGGAUGUGAAGGACCUCAACGGUUUCACUCCCGCAGCGUUGGCGCCUCGCAAAACGGCGGUCGCGGAGUUCUUGGAGGCAGAAGCCAAGAAAUAA